AUGGUUAGUGAAUUUGAUCCAGUAAUGCAAGAGCACCUUCGGCGGGCUAAAGUAAGAGAGAUUCAAUAUACGUAUCUUGGCAAAAAAAUUCAAAAUGAGUUGAUACAGUUGUUGGCUAAUCAGGUGAGAAGUUCAAUUGUCAAGAAAGUUAAAGAUGUAAAAUAUUUCGCAAUUAUACUUGAUUGUACUCCAGAUGCAAGUCAGGAGAAGCAAAUGUCUUUAAUUGUACGAUUUGUAGAUAAUUUGGCAAACUUACCUACAGUUCAAGAACAUUGGCUAGAAUUUUUGAAGGUAGAUGACACAACAGGACUUGGACUUGCUACCAAGCUUCAAAAGGCUUUGAUAAAAAUUAAUCUCGAUAUUGAUGACAUUAGAAGGCAACGGUAUGACAACGGAUCUAACAUGUGCGGGAAGCACAAAGAUGCAUUACUUGAUUUGGCAGAAAGUAAUGAAGAUCCUAAAGUGAAGAGUGAAGCCGAGUCAUUAGCAACACAUGAACUUCAAAAUUUUGAGUUUUUGUUUGGCAUUAUAAUCUGGUACAGAUUGUUGCAUGCUGUUAAUAUUAAAUAUCUUCAACAUAAUGGACGUUCAGACAUCAGUGGGGAUGAUUUAUAUUCGGAGUUACAAGCCUUGAGAAUCUCUCUGCAUCCACUGUUGCGUAAUGCUAUACCCUCUUUAUAUCACCUCAAGACGUUGAAAGAUCUUCAUAAUCUCUCUGCAUCUACUGGUUAUAGCGAUGCAGACACUAAAUGA